AUGCCCUUAGCCCUUCGAUUGCUCAAGACUGAUGACUUGUACUCGUUCAGUGGCUCCGGAGGCCUCUAUCCUCCGCUCUUCAAUGUGAUUCCCCGGGCUCAGAUCUCCGUGAAUGCGACAUGUGGCCAAAACGGAGCCGAGGAGUACUGCAAACAGGUCGGUGCCAAGCCAUGUGGCAUCUGCAAUGCCCAUUCCUCGGAUCGGGCCAAACAGCGCUCCAUACAGUCGCUGAUUUCGACGGGUUCCGGAUUUGAAGAAGGCUGGUGGCAAUCACCAACUUUGCAGGGUGGCCGGCAGUUUGAGUAUGUGACCAUCUUAUUGGAUCUGCAGCAGACCUAUCAAAUCUUCUCCGUGUGGCUAAAAUCGGCCAACUCGCCCCGUCCAGCCUCGUGGCUGCUGGAAAAGUCCCUGGAUGGCAUUAACUUCGAGCCGUGGCAAUAUUUCGGACUGAGCGAUGCGGACUGCCAGCGACGAUGGAAUUUGCCGGGACAGAAUGGCAAAUAUGUGUUCCAGAACGACACCGAAAUCAUAUGCUCCACUCAGUUUUCCAAGCCGGGUCCCCUGGAGAACGGAGUGCUGCAUGCGUCGCUGCUGAAGAAUCGCCCAGGAGCCACGGAGCAGAGUGAAGAGCUGAUGAAGUUCAUCACCACUCGGUUCAUAAGGAUUCGGCUGCAGGGAAUGCACUCCACGGCCAAUUUGGACAACAGUUUGGACUGGCUGCUGGACUCGCCGUCGCUGGAGAAGCACAGCUUCUACUCGCUGUCCCAGUUGAAGGUGAGCGGCCGCCUGGAUUGCCAUGGUCAUGCGAAUCGUUCGGUGGAGUCGCUCGCAGGAGAUCCCCUGCUGCAGUGCAUCUGCCAGCAUAAUACGUGCGGUUCGCAGUGCGAUCACUGCUGUCCGCUCUUCCAAGAUCGACCUUUCCGCCGGGGCGCAGAGUGUGAGAUCUGCCAGUGCUAUGGUCACGCGGAGAGCUGCUCCUACGAUCCGUUUUUGGACAAGGGCAUCUGCCAGAGCUGUGCGAAUCACACGGCCGGAAAUGAGUGCGAAUUCUGCGCUAGAGGCUUCUACAGGGAAGCGGAUGCACCGCUCACCGAGCCCUGUUUGCCGUGCUCCUGUGAUCCUGCGCGUUCCACGGGUAACUGCCAGCCGGUUGGAGGUGGCUGUGAGUGCCUGGAGGGUUUCCAGGGCAGGAACUGCGAGGAGUGUGCGCCGGGUUAUUAUGGAGACAGCUGUAAGCGCUGUGAAUGCGACGAGAGGGGAAGUCUACCCUCAAAGGGUUCCUGUUCAGGCGAAUGCCGCUGCAAGCUGAAUGUGGAGGGCAGCACGUGCUCCGAAUGUGCUCCAGGUUACUACGAUCUAAGUGAGGAGAAUAGCGAAGGCUGCACCAGCUGCUGGUGCUCGGGAGUCUCCCAAACGUGUCACAGUGCCAAGCUGCAGACCUUGGCCUUCGAGACCCUCAACGAUUGGAAGUUGACUGAUAUACAGAGAAUGAAACCCAUAAGCAUACCCAUGGAUGCCGAGGAGAAUCGUUUGAUUUUCGCCAACGAACUGGACGAAGUGGAGGCCAUCUACUGGCAGGCUCCAUUGGGUUAUUUGGGCAACCGACUGACCAGUUAUGGAGCCCGGCUGCAGUUACUCCUUUCCUGGGUGGUGAUGAGGGGCGAUACUUCGGGAAAACCCACGACGGGACCGAAUGUCAUCCUGUUUGGAAAGAAUGGCCUGAAGAUUGCCUUCGGCGAUGAGUCGCUCGAGGGACUGGUGGUCAGCAUGAACGUUUCGCUGACGGAGGAGGGCUGGUAUCAUGUGCCACCCACGGUGAAGGACAUCAAAACCAGACUGCGGCGAACCGAGGGCGGUGAUUACCAUGGGGAAUCGGUGACGCGAUCCCAAUUCCUCUCCGUUCUCGUUUCGCUGGAUGCAAUCCUCAUUCGCGCCGCCUUCCACACGGAUCAGGUGGAAACGUACCUCGAGCGGGCUGUCAUCUAUUCGGGAGGCGUCGAGUUGGGUGGGAUUGCCUCCAGCCGGGUGGAGCAGUGCCUGUGUCCCGCCGGCUACACGGGCCUCUCCUGCGAGGGCUGCGCCUUUGGCUACAAGAGGAUCUACGAGAACACCUCGGACCACCAGAUCCUCAGCAAGUGCAUUCCGUGUCCCUGCAAUGGACAUUCGAACUCCUGCGAUCUGCAGAGCGGAAACUGCGGCGACUGCAUGCACAACACCUUUGGAGAUCGCUGCGAACGUUGCCAGUUGGGCUACUACGGGAAUCCCCUGCAGGGAACCCCCAACGACUGCCGGCGAUGCGCCUGUCCCCUGUCCGAAGACUCCAACAACUUCUCGCCCAGCUGCCAGCUAAAGAGUUACAAUUACAUGGAUUUGAAUCCCCAGUUUGAGCUUAUUGAGCAUGCCGAAUACAUUUGCACCCAGUGUCCGGAGGGCUAUACGGGUGACCAUUGCCAGGUGUGCGACGACGGGUACUUCGGCGAUCCCCGCCAGCUGGGGAGCAGCUGUCAGCGCUGCGAUUGCGCCGGAGGACCCUGCAAUCUGACCAGUGGCGAGUGCAUCACGUGCCGCGGGAAUACGGAGGGUUGGCACUGCGAGCGCUGCAAGCUGGGCUACUGGGGUGAUCCGGCCAUGGGCUGUGAUCCCUGCCACUGCCAUCCGGAGGGAUCGGAAAGUGGCCUCUGCGACAGCACCGAUGGCCAGUGCCUGUGUAAACCCAGAUAUGGUGGCCAGAAGUGCGACGAAUGCGAUGUGGGCUUCGCCAAUGUGGAGCUGCGUUGUCCCGCCUGCAGUUGCAAUCCCCUGGGCUCCCUGAUUCCCGACAGAUGUGAUCCGCAAACGGGGCAGUGCCAGUGCAAGGAGGGCGUGAUGGGCGCCAAGUGCCACGAGUGCCGGGAUGGUUACUUCGGCAUGAAUGGCGUGGAUGCUGAGCAAGUGGAUGAUCUGCCUGCCGACGAUGACGACUGGGAAUUGGUUCCAGAUACCGAGGAGGAAGAUCCACCGAAGAACUCUGAAUCUGGCGCGGUGGCCUGCGAGGGCACGUCAAUCGUCAAACCGAUCUCCCAAACGAGCCAUGUAAUGGACAUGGACCUCGAGAACGAGAGUUCUUCUCCUGGAGAGGAGCAGGAGCAGGAGAUGGAGCAGGAGUAA